AGCGCGGCUGCUGUGGCGGCUCAUCCUCUGGUGCAGCUGCAUCGGUCUUCGGGACUGCCGCUUCCCUCUGUCCGGGAGAGGAAGGUCACGGCGCCGGGCCGAUGCCGGGCGGCGUGCCGCUUGGGCGGGCCGGGCUGCUGUUGCUCCUUAUGGCUGCCGCUCCCUGGGCCGGGGCAAGGCCGGGGACCGGGGCCCCCGUGGGCCAGCCCCGGCACAGCGUAGUGCUGGUGGCCUGCGACUCCUUGGAUGGACGCUUGACGUUUUAUCCUGGAAAUCAGACUGUGGAUUUGCCGUUCAUAAAUUUUAUGAAACAAUAUGGCACUGUCUUUCUCAAUGCCUAUACCAAUUCUCCAAUUUGUUGUCCUUCCCGUGCAGCGAUGUGGAGUGGUCUUUUCACUCAUUUAACAGAGUCUUGGAAUAACUUCAAAGGUCUAGAUCCAGGUUAUGUAACAUGGAUGGAUCUCAUGGAGAAGCAUGGCUACCACACGCAGAAGUAUGGGAAAUUGGACUAUACUUCUGGACAUCAUUCAGUAAGUAACCGUGUGGAAGCUUGGACUAGGGAUGUUGACUUCCUGCUCCGCCAAGAAGGGAGACCCAUGGUAAACCUAACUGGUGAUAAGAAGCAUGUGAGAGUGAUGGAAGCAGAUUGGCAGAAUACUGAUAAAGCACUUAAUUGGAUAAAGAAUGAAGCCAUUAACCUUACUCAACCAUUUGUUCUUUACUUGGGGCUGAAUUUACCACACCCAUAUCCAUCACCCUAUGCAGGAGAAAAUUUUGGAUCCUCUACGUUUGUAACAUCUCCCUAUUGGCUUGAAAAGGUGACUUAUGAAGCUAUUAAAAUACCCAAGUGGUCUUCUCUUUCAGAGAUGCAUCCAGUAGACUAUUACUCAUCUUACACCAAGAACUGCACGGGAGAGUUUACAAAGCAAGAAGUUAGAAAUAUUAGAGCAUUUUAUUACGCUAUGUGUGCAGAGACAGAUGCCAUGCUCGGUGAGGUUAUUUCAGCUCUGAGAGAUACUGGGCUUCUUGAAAAAACAAUUGUUAUAUUCACUGCAGAUCAUGGAGAACUUGCUAUGGAACACCGGCAGUUCUAUAAAAUGAGCAUGUAUGAAGGAAGUUCACAUGUUCCCCUUUUAGUUAUGGGGCCAGGCAUAAAAAAACAGCAGCAAAUACCAAAUGUGGUAUCUCUUGUGGAUAUAUAUCCUACUAUGCUUGAUAUAGCAAGAAUUCCUGUCCCACAGAAUCUCAGUGGAUAUUCUCUUGUAUCACUGCUACAUGGGAAGGCUGUGAACGGAGUGUCAACCAAAGGGCAUCGGCCCUCAUGGGUGUUGAGUGAGUUCCAUGGAUGCAAUGUAAAUUCUUCUGUGUACAUGCUUCGAACUGGCAAAUGGAAAUACAUCACGUUCUCAGAUGGCUAUUCAGUACUUCCACAGUUGUUUGAUCUUACUGCUGAUCCAGAUGAGCUAACAAACAUUGCUGUAAAAUUCCCAGCAAUGGUACAUUCCUUGGACAAAAUACUCCGCUCUAUAAUAAACUACCCGAAGGUUUCUUCUUCUGUUCAGGAGUAUAACAAAAGACAGUUUAUCAGCUGGAAACACAGUUUAGGUCAGAAUUACUCAAAUGUUAUUGCCAACCUUAGGUGGCAUCAAGACUGGUUAAAGGAACCAGAAAAAUAUGAGAAUGCAAUUGACAAAUGGCUUCACCAAAGUAAAUAAAAGCAAUCUAGAUUUAAUAUGACUGAGAAUAUGAAAGCAUUAUUCAUUUGUAAUAUGCUGGAUUUCAAGUGAUGAAAUUAUUGUCUAAUAUAAGCGAUUGCAAGCAACAAUGCCUGAACAAUUACCACUAUGUUUUAAAAAGCCAAGAGCAUUUUAUGCAACAAGCUAGCACAACAAAUCUAGAUUUCUACAUGUUAUAAUUCUGUAACACUUAAUAUAUAUGGGAAGAAUAGUCCAUAAGUACUGAUUGAGGGUAUGUAAUAUUUAGCUGGUAGCAGAUAUGCUGAGUAUUAAGUAUUAGAACUCAACAACAAUUUCCAUUUCUAAGGACAGACUGAGGCAAGGAUUAUAAAAUUUAGUGCAGUGGCAUACCAGUUACAGUGAAAUGUACUGGAGUCAGCAUUCCAUCAAGAUGGAUUUUAAGUCCACAAUGAAGACACAUUCAUCCAUAAGAGAAGCUGUGGUGGUUAAAAUAGAAUCGAAAAGUUAACAAGUAGUAUUGUGGUAAGGUACUGGAAUGGGUUGCCCAGGGAGGUUGUGAAUGCUCCAUCCCUGGCGGUGUUCAAGGCCAGGUUGGAUGAAGCCUUGGGUGAUACGGUUUAGUGUGAGGUGUCCCUGCCCAUGGCAGGGGGGGUGGAACUAGAUGAUCUUGAGGUCCUUUCCAAUCCUGACUAUUCUAUGAUUCUAUGAUUCUAUUGUUCUAUGAUUAUAUAUGUAUAUACAGUUUAUUCAAGUACUUGCAAUGUCAACAUUCCUAUUUUGUACAUGGUUGACUCCAUGUUUUCAAGAUCUGCCUUCUGUUCUCUUGCUUUUGGAUCUGGUACUUACCACUCCUUACUGUCUAAUAAUGUGCAUGGGCACCCUGCUUGACCUCGUGCUCACCAACAGGGAAGGGCUUGUUGGAAAUGU